AUGUUGAUUCUUUUCUUAUUGCUCAUUUGUAUUGUGUUCUUGAUUUUCACGUAUGGCAUUUAUGUUUAUUACCAGUAUGCUUACUUCAAAAAACUAAAUAUACCCGGGCCCAAACCAACGUAUUUCUUUGGUAACCUUUCAGAACUUACAUAUCACGAUAAUUGCGAAUCUGAAUGUCUGCGAUUAUGGUCACAGAAAUAUGGCGCAUUAUAUGGAUUUUAUAAAGGUCAUACACCAUUUAUUUGUACAUCAGAUGUUGAUUUGCUGCAAGAAGUGUUCGUAAGGCAAUUUUCAAAAUUUCAUUCGAGAAAACCAUUACAACUAGAUGAAAGACAAUCAGAAUAUGUUCAUAUAGUUCAUGCCGAAGGGUACCGUUGGAAAAGACAACGUAUGGCUGUUAAUCCAGCGUUUUCAAAACUAAAAAUGAAAUCUCUAGAAGGUUUGAUGUAUGAAUGUAUAGGAACAUUUUUGGAUAAAAUAAGUGAACAAAGUGACAGCCAACCGUUCGAUAUAUUGCCCUAUUUUAAGCGUUUAACAAUGGAUGUUAUCUGGACUUGUGGCUUUGGUGUCAAAACCAACAUGCAAUCUGAUCAUAACAACGAAUUUUUAAAAUACUCGAACGAAGUAUUUGAAAUCGAUGACAACAAACGGAUUUUAGCCUAUUUUAGCAUAUUGAUACCUGAACUACAUGGUGUCUUCCGAUAUAUACAUCGGAAGCUAAACGAAAUAAAGUACUUUCUACAUGAAUAUACACCUUUAUCGAAUUACCUUCAUAUAAAACAGGAUCCUAUCAUAUGGAUAACGAAUAAAACGCAUGAUAUUAUAAUGAAGCGCUUAGAACAGGAAAAUACGGAAGACGCACCUAACGAUCUUUUACAAAUAUUACUGGAUUCAAUGUCGAAAGAUCCAAAUGAAACAAAAAGCUCUGAAAAAGGUUUCAUAUGCAAUAUGCCAAACUUCUAG